AACCCUCCCACUCCACAGCAGAAGCCAAGAGGAAGUGAUUCACCUCUGCUGGAGUCACUUGGGAUUUUGUUUUUUGUUUUUUUAAAAUAGUAAUAAAAAAAAAGCGCGAUUAAUUCAUGCUCCAGCAUUGGAUUAACCGGAUACGAACAAGGCUUAUUGUUCUUAAUUCAUGAUCGCAGUUACCUGCUUACAUAAGCACAGUAUCAGCUUUCAACCGGUCUGACAGACUGUAGUGGUGGGAAUAAAAGGUUUCAAUGGAGCCCAGAACUGUUUUAAACGAGAAGUUUUUCAUCGUCACUCGCGGGAAGUCGAGGAAAGGCUUCUGCCGAGGAUGUAUCGGGCGCAUAGAGUCGGAGACGAAGCGUGGAGAGUUCGUGGGGCUCCUGUACGGCGGGAACAGCAACCCAGGGACCCCCAAGAACGGGGGCCUGGUGAGGAUAGAGGACAUGUACCCGCUGACCCGCCACCAGGCCCAGCUCCUGCUCUUCAUCCCCAGCGCAAGCAGACGCCUGGAGCUGCUCUGUAACCCGCAGCUGUUCUCUGCCAUCUGUGAGCUGUCUCAGGACGACCUGGUGGUGGUGAAGCACAAGAACGGACACCUUCCCGGUUUGGUGAAGAACUUGAUGCAAAUCGGACGGAAAGACAAUAAAGACGACCUGUACAUGCUUGCCUUUGAAGUGGAAUUCGUGGACACCGAUCAUAAUUUGUCAUCCAAGAAACCUCCUCUGUCACUUUUCAGUGCUGCAGACAUCAUCCAGGUGGUCCCAUCUUACUCUGUCCCCCUCGGACUGCAGUGGAAAGACGGCAGAUAUGGGGGUUUAAACAGAAAGGCGGUGACACGCAACAGCUGCAUUGCAAACAUUGGAUCUCAUGCACAGCCGGCGACAGAGAACCACACCGAGCAGAGUUUGAUUCAGAACCAGAGUCUGAGCUCAGUGCCUUUGGAGGUGGGAUCCAUGGUGGAGGUGGUUUCCAACUCGGGGAUCACAGUGUAUGGGGUCAUCCGGUGGUUGGGUGUCCCUGGAGGAAAGACUGGUGAAUGGGCUGGCAUUGAACUGGACUACGACGUUAAGGGCUGCUCUGAUGGGAUGUAUGGCGGUCAGCGGUUUUUCACUUGCAAGGAGAAAAGAGCUUUGUUUGUUCCCAUCACAAAGUGCAGCCCCGAUGGCAGGUUUCUAAGUGCCUCUACAGGAAAAGGGAUCCUCAAAUCCACUGACACCACUCCAGUUCCUCCAUAUGAAGACACGGAUGAAGAUGUGCCACCUAUCCCUGAAUCCGAGGCGCCGUCUUUGUUAGUGGGAAAAAUGAAAGGGAUUCAGGGACACAUUAACUCCUGUUACCUUGAUGCCACACUCUUCAGUUUGUUCAGCUCAUCUGUGACCCUGGAUGGUAUCUGCAAGAAGCCUGCUGACACAGACCAACCCAUAACCUGCACCCUGAGAGCAAUAGUGAACCGUUUACGCAGACAAGGCUUCGUCCCUGCAGAGAGUGUGAUGAAUUUUCGGACACAUCUUGGCUGUGACACUUUUCGGACAGAGGAAAAAGAUCCAGAGGAGUUCAUCACAGUCCUCUUUCAAAAGGUGCUUUGCACGGAGCCUCUGCUCAAACUCAGAUCGAAACAAGAAACGUCCCAGGGUGCCUACACCUUCCAGAUCUUUCUGGAGAAGGAGCAGAUGGGACAGAUACCCACGGUCCAACAGCUGAUGGACACAUCCUGCCUGACAGGUGACCUUAAAUUUGAAACGAUGCCGUCCUGUCUAAUAGUUCAGAUGCCGAGGUUUGGAAACAAAUAUAAGAUGUUUUCCCACAUUAUUCCCUCCUUGAAGCUGGACAUCACAGAUCUCCUAUACAACUCUCCGAGGGAGUGCUUUGUCUGUGGGCGUUUGGCAGAGUACGAGUGUCUUCAAUGUCUGCCAGAUUGCAAACUGCAGCCAGGGAGAAUCAAACAGUACUGUACCACCUGUAAUGCACAGAUGCACAACCAUCCCUCACGACAAGGCCACUCUCCCAGUGCUCUAGCAGUACCAGUAGGAGUUCCCACCGAUACUCCUGUUCCCAGGCACACAAUGGAGCUGUUUGCUGUACUUUGCAUUCAAACCAGCCACUACGUGUCCUUUGUCAAAUACGGCUCUGACGCUCACUCUUGGAUCUUCUUUGACAGCAUGGCAGACAGAUGUGGUGACGAUCAAAGUGGCUACAACAUUCCAGAGGUCCGCGCUUGUCCGGAGCUGGGUGAUUUCCUGAGUCAGCCAGAGGAAAAGCUGUCUCGGGCCAACCCAUCCCAGGCUCCUGAGCUAGUGCGCAGGCUGCUGUGUGACUCCUACAUGUUUUUAUACCAGAGCUCACCCAUGCAGCUUUGAAAGCCAAACAGUUAGGAUGCGUGUGAGGACGAGGGACACGGUGUUCCCAUAACAGUACCUUAUAUCUCUGCUUAAUCAGCUUUUGUGCACUUUAUCAUUGUACAAACAGCAGGAACUAAAAUGUAUGCUUUCGACAUCAUAGAGAGAAACAAAUCUGACAUUAAUGGUCUUAUUCAAAGCUGUUGCUGAUAUGUGAAAGGAUGAGUAGGGAAAAAUGGCACUCUAAACACCUUAUACUUGCCUUUUUUUUUAAACUUUCGAAGGUCUUCUUGUUGUUACAUUCUGAUUAUUUAUACUGUAUUUUUCAAGGAAACUUAAGCACUCAAAUGUUUUUAUAAUGACUGUAUUCUUGUUUUGUGCUUUUUAUUUGGUAAAUUAACAUUGUUUUGUUGUUAUGUGGGUUCCACAACUUUAAUGCUGCACUGUCAUUGUGUCAGAAAGAAAAAAAACAGCAACCUGCACCUUAAUGUAGCCUCUGUUUUCUGUGUUUUUUUUCCUCCCUAUGUUUAUGGCUUGUUGAUGGCAGUGCAUGGAAGACAUAUGUAUGGUUGUAUUUACUGUAAAUAACUACACUGUGUGCACUUUUUACACAUUACUGACUGUAAAGGUUUCAUCAAUAAAACAAAAAGGCUUGCACUUGGAAA